CAUCGCUUUAUAUGGUUAACCUUCUGUGAGUAGUGUCUAAUCAUAGACGCUCUUUUCCGUGUUACGCGACGUAGCCGAAGGGAUUGCUGACGGCAUCGUCCAAACAUGCAGAUCUUUGUGAAGACUCUCACGGGCAAGACCAUCACCCUUGAGGUUGAGGCAUCCGAUACUAUCGAAAAUGUUAAAGCUAAAAUUCAAGACAAGGAAGGAAUUCCACCAGAUCAACAGAGGUUGAUCUUCGCCGGUAAACAGCUCGAGGAUGGCAGAACGUUGUCUGAUUACAAUAUCCAAAAAGAAUCGACGUUGCAUCUCGUACUCAGAUUACGUGGUGGAGCCAAAAAACGUAAGAAGAAGAAUUACUCGACACCCAAGAAGAUCAAACACAAGAAGAAGAAGGUCAAGCUUGCUGUCUUGAAAUUUUACAAGGUUGAUGAGAAUGGAAAAAUUCACCGUCUGAGGCGAGAAUGUCCAUCGGAACAGUGCGGGGCAGGUGUCUUCAUGGCUGCAAUGGAAGAUCGUCACUACUGUGGCAAAUGCGGAUACACUCUCGUAUUCAAUAAGCCCGAGGAGAAAUAAAUUCAAGAGUUCUUUUAUAACACGUUUCAUUGUAUCUUAAAUCUGAACGAUGAAAUAAAAUAUUCCUGAAAAACCACAAA